AUGGCGGCGCUGGCCUCCCGCUCGCCAUAUCCAGCACCCGCUCUCGCCAGCACCAUGGCGCCCGCAUCGACCACGCCGCACUAUCGACCUCUGGCUCCGCCUGCACCGCAUGGUGUCAACGGCCAUGGCGUCUUCACUUCACCGACCGAGUCCGAGUUCAGUGAAUCUUACAAGGAGGCAAAGGAGUCCAUCUUGGAUUGGGAUGAGUCGCGUGUGGGCGAUUGGCUGAAGAGUAUCAACUGUGCGCAAUAUGUCGAAAUCUUCCGCAAGAAUCAUAUCACGGGCGAGAACCUCCUGGACCUUGAUCAAGCCACGCUCAAGGAGAUGGGUAUCAAGAAGAUUGGAGAUCGCGUGCGCAUUAAUACACAUGCCAAGCGGCUGACAAUGUUGAAGCACUCGCUCGCUACCCUAGAUGGCAACCAACAGCUCACACCGCCAUCGUCCGGCUCACCCAGGCCCUUACAUUCAGCCAGAUCCGGAACCACUUCGAGGGCUGACAAGCGCAUAUCACGACAGCUCAACGGAGCCGACCUCGCCUAUACCGCACAAAUCGGCAAGUCAUCCUCACGGCCUAGCUCACCCAUGGUGGACCAAGAGAACCGAACGCGGCGCCAUGGGGCCCCAAGCCCCAUGGAAGGAGUCAGAAAGGAAAGCAGCAAUGUCUAUUCCAGCCAGAACCCGCCUCUCACCGCCAGAUUCGCAGGCAACGCAAGAACGCCUCUGGAUACGCCACAGACUGCUCGAUUCCAGCAACACGUGCGAGCACAACCAUCUCUGGACAACUUGAAUUCAAAUGCAAGUUCCCUGCCGGCUGGGAAGCCUCUCAUUCGCGUUAUAUUCGAGAGUGGCAACGCGUCUGUCAUUAACAUUGACGGUUUCCGGACGGCUGAAGAUAUCAUUCGGAAGACACUUCGGAAAGGAGCCUUGAACGAGAAUCAUUUCCGCUCGUACUGUUUUUACGUCCUCGAUGGCACCGACCCGAAUCCAAACUUUUGUCGAAGGCUUGGCGAGGCAGAGCUGUGCAAGUUGUGCCAAGACGCAGUUCGCACAGAAAGAGGUCGUCUGAUCCUUCGAAAGAUCCAUGCUGGCGAGCCAGAUGGCGAACAGCUGAAGACUGCUGCACAAAUAGCAGAACAGCAGCAACCAGAGCCGCCGGCAAUAGAAGUGCAGACGCCAUACAAGACCAAGAGUCAGUUGAAGAUCGAGAAACUGACUGGAGAACCGUCGCUGGCCGCGGUAAGCUAUCCUAUGAGUCCUGCCACUCAAGCAGAACGAAACGACUACUUCGCCACGCAGAGCAGUGGCAACAUAUCUCGGAAUGUCAGCGCAGCGUCGACAGCAUCUGCGAGAGCCAGGAAGCUUAAGGACUUCUACGGUGCUCGCCCUCCAACCGAGCUGAUCACACAGGAUUUACAAUCGUACUUCCCGGAAGUCGGCAAGGAGGAGAUGGAUCGAACGGUGCGCAUGUCCAUCCGUCGAAGUAGAAGACUGAGUCGAGCUGUGCGGACGUUGAGUAUGGCCAGUAACUUCAGUGUUGCUAGCAGCCUCAAGGAUGCACCACCUUUACCUACGAUCGCGGACACGUGGUUAAAGGAAGCAGGGCAGGCGCAGAAGGCUGGUCUUCGACCUCUGAGUGUGGUUCGGCUAGGAAGAUCGGAUUCGCAUCGUGAGUCUGUGACGAGUAGUGUCUUGGAGCCUCUUGACGAGGAGUCGCCGCUCGAACCGAACCGGAAGAGCUAUGUAUCGUUCGGCGGUGACAGUGGAUCUGACACCACCACCAGCAAUUUCGCCGUCACUGAUCCUGAGGGCAACACUGUCACGUCAUACUUUGACGAGACGGGCAGCAGUCCGGGUGGAACGGAGGGCGGCAGCGAAAGUCUCAAUUCUCGAUUGUCGCGAUUCAUUGCUGAAGAUGGUGAGGAAUCGGAUGAUGAGCUGAUUGCGCACCUCGAGAGCAACAGCUGGGACGAUUUGAAGUAUCUCAAGGGUGCUAUGAUCGGGCAAGGUUCUUUCGGCACCGUCUUCCUUGCUCUACAUGCUGUCACGGCUGAGCUCAUGGCAGUCAAGCAAGUGGAGAUGCCAACAAAUUCGGGCACCGCUAUGGAUGCCAAGAAGAACAACAUGAUCGAGGCUCUCAAGCACGAGAUCAGCCUUUUGCGAGAUUUGAAGCACGACAACAUCGUCCGAUACCUUGGCUCGAACAGCGAUGAAAAGAACCUCAACAUUUUCUUGGAGUAUGUUGCCGGCGGUUCUGUGGCUACUAUGUUGGUCAACUACGGCUCACUGCCCGAAGGACUGGUGUCGAAUUUUGUACGUCAGAUCUUGCAGGGACUCAACUACCUCCACUCCAAGGAUAUCAUCCAUCGCGACAUCAAGGGGGCCAACAUUCUAGUCGACAACAAAGGCACAGUCAAGAUCUCCGACUUCGGUAUCUCCAAGCGCGUGGAAGCAAGCACGCUGCUCAACCCGUCACCUCACAAGCGUGGCGGACCUCGUGUGUCGCUCCAAGGCUCAGUCUUUUGGAUGGCACCUGAAGUGGUGCGCCAAACAGCUUACACCAAGAAGGCCGACAUCUGGUCACUGGGCUGCUUGGUGGUGGAGAUGAUGACAGGAAGUCACCCGCAUCCGAACUGUACACAACUGCAGGCCAUCUUCAAGAUCGGCGGAAGCGGAGCAUCGCCCGACAAUGCCAAACCUGAUCUACCAGAGUCGGCCUCUGAGCAUGCAAAGGAGUUCUUGCGGAGAACCUUCGAGCUCGAGCAUGAAAAGAGGCCAAGCGCCGAGGGGCUCAUGGAGAUGGAGUUCACGAAGGUGAAAGGAUAAAAGGGGUCGAUACACAAUAUUGAUAUGACAUGAUGAUGAGGAAUGAAUGCGCAUAGAGUUCGUCGUCGACGGAAGAGGCAGGAGCAUCUUUUAAAAGAUUGACUGAGGAAUCAAAACGAGGGUGGGCAUGUGUUGGACAUGCGUGUGGACAAAAUUUGCAUGGCAUACCUAGCACUGGAGGCAUGAAUGUUGAUGAGAGCAACGGGAAUCAUGGGUAAUGGUAAUGUUUGCGCGACAUUUCUACC